ACUCCACUGUUGUAGUGUGCCGGCGCACGCCACUAUUACCUAUACCGCGCGAGACGUUAUAGACCACUACGGCCACUGCGCGGUCCGCUGCAGUGAACAUUACCGUCACUCGCAUAACGCUGAGCGACCAACGACGACGACGACGACGACGAAGUAGUUUACAAAAAAAAAAAAAAAACGAUAAUAUACCGAUAAGUUAAUAAAUCAAUAUAAUAAUAUUAUAUCCGUCGAUCACUCCUACGACGACGGUAUUAAACUGUAAUCAAUUUUUCUGUCCGUGUCUGAUGUGCCGCCGUUCGAUCGCCGCGAGUGCAGCACGCGAACCACCCCGUCGUCGCGAUCAAAUGACUCGACCGUCGUCAUCGGUUUAGUUUUUUUUAUUAUAUUCCUUGCAAACGGACGACGGUUUUCACGCACGCGAAUCCGUUCGUAUAUUAAUAUUUUCCUCUAGCGCAGUGCAACACUACGUUUAUAAUAUAUUUUAACUCACCCGGAGGAUUCGUAACGCAAUUCCGCGAUGCGUCCAGAAUUGCCAAUCGGAUUGACGGAACGACGGCCUCCGUUGGAAACACAACAGUCAACAAUAUGGACGAGGCGCCAACAAGCUGUGUGCGUAAGACGUGCUUACAAGAAAUAUGGACAGAGCUCAAAUCCACAUGUUAUACUUGAUGGGCUUAACAUGACUGUCCCAAAAGGCUGCAUAUAUGGUCUUUUGGGAGCUAGUGGAUGUGGAAAAACUACAUUGUUGAGUUGCAUAGUUGGCCGCAGAAGACUGAAUGCUGGUGAAAUAUGGGUGUUGGGUGGUAAACCGGGAUCUGCAGGCAGCGGCGUUCCAGGACCUCGUAUCGGAUACAUGCCUCAGGAAAUUGCGCUUUAUGGAGAGUUUACGAUACGGGAAACUAUGCAGUUUUUUGGCAUGGUAAACGGCAUGACGCCGAAACAAGUGGAUGACAAAAUAGAAUUUUUACUUAAAUUCUUAAUGCUACCGUCAGCAAGCAGGCCGGUAAAAAAUUUGAGUGGUGGACAGCAACGAAGAGUUUCUUUUGCCGCGGCAUUGUUACACAAUCCCGAGUUACUGAUUUUGGAUGAACCUACUGUUGGCGUUGACCCUGUUCUUCGACAAGGAAUAUGGGACCAUUUAGUCCAUUUAACUAAGGAUGGAGGAACAACCAUUAUUGUAACCACACAUUACAUCGAUGAGACUAGGCAAGCUCAUAUGAUUGGUUUAAUGAGAGGCGGUAAAUUUUUGGCUGAAGAAUCGCCUACAUCGCUGUUACAGAAAUACAAUUGUCAAUCACUAGAAGACGUUUUUCUAAAGCUUAGUGUCAUUCAAAACCGUGGAAAACGGAGGCGUAGCAGCAUUUUGCAUGACAUAACAGCCGCCAUUUCUGUUCCGGAAUCAUCUCCCACGCCUCCUAUCGAAGCGCUGAAUUCGAUAUGUGACAACUCGUCGGAAAUGAGCGGAGAAUUUGGAGACAGUAUUAGUCCCGUUCCACUAAGUAAGCGUAUGUCUGUAUCAUCGAUGCAAGUCAACAACGCGGAAAUGGAACUUCCACCAGAAGUAAAUACUAAAAUGACAUUUUUCGACCAAUGCAAAAUAUUUCAAACCCAUCAUAUGAGAGCAUUGAUAUGGAAAAACUUUCUGUGGAUGUGGAGAAAUGUAGCGGUAAUGAUGUUUAUUGUCGGACUUCCAGUUGCCCAAAUCGUGUUGUUUUGUUUGUCCGUUGGAAAAGAUCCUCAUGGCUUGCACUUGGCCAUCGUCAACCAUGAAACCAACAACAGAACGUGCCCACCAACCGGAUCUUGCGAGUUAACUCAACUCAGUUGCCAGUUUCUACGUCAGAUUGAACUACGGCAGCAAGUAUUAGACUAUUUCGACGACGAAGAAUCCGCUUUUCGAGCAGUUAAACGUGGUAAAGCUUGGGGUGCUAUAUCUUUCACUUCAAACUAUUCAACGUCACUAAUGCAACGUAUGAAUGAUGGAACGGAUACAACAGAGUUGGCACUAGAUGAUAGUGUUGUCUCCAUUUGGCUCGACGAAUCGAAUCAACAAAUAUCCAUGCUGCUUCGACGAGAUCUUGUGUUUGCUUUCGAAGAUUUUGCUAAAAUUCUGGCAGUGAAUUGUAACUUCAGUACAAAAGUCGUAACUAGCCCUAUACAGUUCCAUAAACCUAUAUACGGCCCAUACGUACCAAAUUUUACCGAUUUUGCUGCUCCAGGGGUCAUACUCACGAUUAUAUUUUUCCUGGCCGUAGCUUUGACGUCUGGUGCUAUGUUGAUUGAAAGAAACGAAGGCAUAUUAGAAAGAAGUUUAGUUUCGGGUAUUACGGGGAUCGAAGUACUUUUAGGGCACGUGGCGUGUCAACUUGUAAUCAUGGUGUUCCAAUCACUGAUGGUCAUUGCAUUCGCAUUAGUUAUUUUUGAUGUUACCAACGAAGGGGAUGUGUUUUGGAUAUGCUUAUUAACGAUACUGACUGGACUGUGUGGCAUGUGUUUUGGAUUUGUAGUUUCUUGUGUAACUGACAGUGAGAGGAAUGCGACAUAUCUGGCAAUGGGCAGUUUUCUUCCUAUUGUCAUGCUUUGCGGCAUAAUAUGGCCAGUGGAAGGAAUGCAUGCGGUGACAAAAUCAAUAAGUUUUAUUUUGCCACUAACACAGUCUACGGAGUCGAUGCGAUCAAUGUUGGCAAGAGGUUGGCCAAUCACCGAACCUUCUGUUUACAUUGGUUUUUUUUCCACAAUAAUAUGGAUUUUUGUAUUCCUCACAUCUAGUGUACUGUUGAUUAAAUUCAAAAAAGGAUAGUUAAUAUGCACAUUUUUUUUUUUACUGCAAAAUAUGGACUACCACAUACAAAUUAAUUGUAAGGUAUCAAUAGUUUUUAGUGACAUAUUGUAAUAUUAAGUUCCUUAUAUUAUGUUCGGAUUACAUAAAUCUUAGUGUAAUAUAUCUGGGACAGCAGUGUGCACUUUAA